AGAAUGGGACAGUCCGCCGGGUAUAUAAUCACAAGCACACCCAUUUUAGACUCCUUUAGUUGUGACGAAGAUGAGCUACGGAUCAGACAACUACAUGUCCUCAUCCUAUAGAAAGAUAUUCGGGAAACCCCUCGUUUCACCGGCUCCACCUCUAGGACGAGCAAUGUCUCCUCGAGGAGCUCCAUGUCUUCCAGCGGCUUCAGGUCCCACUCUCUCCGCAGCAGCGCCUCCGGCGGGCUACUACAAGAGAUCGGGCCGGUCAUCGUCCUUCUCGCCGGUGCAUUUCGACAGCGUGGAUUUCUCCCAAACGGCCGUGUUGAACAACGAGUUUAAAAUCGUGCGCACCAACGAAAAGGAGCAACUGCAGGGUCUCAACGACCGUUUCGCGAUGUUUAUCGAGAAGGUGCGCAAUCUGGAGCAGCACAAUAAAGUGCUGGAGACUGAACUGGUGAGUCUGCGCCAGAGGCAGAACGAGCCGUCCAGGCUGGCUGACCUCUACCAGCAGGAGAUCCGGGACCUGCGAGCCCAGGUGGACGAGCUGAACAAUGAAAAAUCACACAUUCUCAUCGAGCGAGACAAUAUCGAGGAGGACUUGCAGAAACUUCGGGGCAAGUUUGAGGAUGAGAUCCGAGUGCGCGAGGAGGCAGAGCAGACGCUCAGGUCCUACAAGAAAGACGUGGACGAUGCCACCAUGGUGCGCGUGGACCUGGAGAGAAAGGUCGAGUCCCUCUUAGACGAGAUCAACUUUCUGAGGAAAGUGCAUGACGAGGAGGUGGCGGAGUUGACCGGCAUGAUCCAGGCGGCGCAGAUAUCCGUGGAAGUGGAGUUGUCCAAACCGGAUCUGACCUCGGCCCUCAAAGAGAUCCGUGGGCAGUACGAAACCCUCGCGUCCAAGAACCUGCAGUCGGCCGAGGAAUGGUACAAAUCAAAGUUCGCCAGCCUCAACGAGCAGGCCACCAGGACCAACGAGGCCAUGAGAGCCACAAGAGAGGAGAUCAGCGACUACAGGAGACAACUGCAGUCCAAGACUAUUGAGAUCGAGACCUUGCGAGGCACAAACGAGUCACUCGAGCGACAGAUCCGCGAGAUGGAAGAUACACACAAUGCCGAGGUCGCAGGUUAUCAGGAAACAAUCGGGCAGCUGGACAUUGAUCUAAGAAAUACCAAGAGUGAAAUGGCCCGUCACCUCCGGGAGUAUCAGGAUCUUCUGAACGUCAAGAUGGCAUUAGACAUUGAAAUUGCAGCAUACAGAAAGCUACUAGAAGGCGAAGAAACCCACUUCAGUUCUGGGGUGACAUUCUCCAGUGCCCCCAGCAUCACUUACGGGUAUCAGAGCCGCUCCGCUUUCACCUCAACCCGCAAUCCCAAAAAAAAAGAGAAAGAAGAAGAGGGACACGGCAAAUCCAAGGCAGGAGACAAGCGGGAGGAAAACACGGCAGAAACCGCUGUGAUUAAGAAAGCAGAGAAGAGCGAUAAUGUUGAUGUUAACUCAAAUUAGAAAGUUACGGUUAUUAAACCAACGCUUCUCUAGAUAAGCGGUCUUUGGGGCGUUUGACAGUAAUCACUAUUAGAUCAAAUCUGCCAGUUGUUGUUUAUAGUCAUCGGUGACGUGUUUAAGAUAUUGUAAUUGUGAUAUCUUGUUUCAAAUACUAUAGCUGCAAUAUGCUGGCUUAAUAUUUCAGAACUUAGGCCUCAAAUAUUUCCUGUGUUUCUAAAUUGUAUUUCAGUCCUGUUCAUGGAGUAUAAAUAUGAACUUAUUAUAUUAGCCAGCAUUAGCACUGAUUCAGUGAUUAUGGAUAUAUUCAUAUUUAGGAAAGGAAAGAACUCUGGCAUAUUACGAAUAAGGGACCAAACUGCUGAAUUAACUGUAACACAUGUAUGCCUUAACUAUAAUAAAGUCAAUAACUGAA